GUUAUUGCUACUGACUGAAUUAAUCGGGAUAAAAAAAACAACUUGAUGACGCUUACGAAAUCAAGAUGGCACAUGAGAUACAUUUAAAGAAUAACAAUUACCGGCAGUGGGUUAAGGCUGGCCUAGGCUUGGGUUAUCUUAAAGAGGGACUUGCGCCAUUUUGUGAUGACAUUGGAAGACAGCAGCACAACGAUAUUAUUAACAAAAUACAACAAACAAAGACUCCUCAACCAAACGUACCAUGUGGCGCCUGUCAGAUAACAACCCUCCAGCCAGAUCAUGUCCGAGUCUCAAAAGGGAUAUGUCCCCUACAACAAGAUAAAUGUAACUGUUGUUUUCCAAAUAAUAAGAGACCCUGUCCAAACAAUAUAUGUGGUGCCAUCUAUGACAGCAUUAUACAGUAUCAUGCAUCAAUGCCACCAGCACCUUUUUGGAAAAACAGUGAUGCCCAACAGUGGUCGACAGACCCGUGGAAGGUUUGCAAAUGUUUUAUAAAUGCUCCUGGGUACAAGGACAAGACAUCAGCAGUCGACACCGAUUGUACUGGGUUGCUUCAUGUUAUCAUAAAUAACAAAUACUUUCAUAGUCACAUUGGAUGCAAUGUUACAGGACCAAACAAUCUUUUUUCAAAGGUACGGCAGUACCGAAACGAAAUUUUUCACUCGAGCAAUAUGGAGUUAGAGGAGAGCAAAGCUAAUUGUUAUAUUGAUGACAUGAUAGCUGUUCUACAAGAUGGUAAAGAACUUUUACAUCAACAAGAUGCACAACAAGCUGUCAGAAAACUUCAAGAUCUAAAGCAAAAAGACUUUGUUAUCACUACUGAAUGCUCUGAAGAAAUUUUGAAACAAAUCAAAGAUGAAAUGACAAAAAUGCGGGAAUUUACCGAAAAUGCUGCAACUAAAGAUGAAUAUGAGGAGCUUAAAAAUAAAGUUAUUGAACUUGAAAGACAGUUGGCAAAAGAAAAAGAGGGACAACUUGAGGCUGGGAAAGAACAGAAAAGAAAGUUUACUGAACUUGAGGCAGUUAUAACAGAGCAAAAACAGGAGAUAGAAAGACUCAAGUUAGAAGAUUCUCCUCAACAGAAACAGUUAGAAUAUAAAAAGGCAAAAUCAGAAUGGCGGAAAAAGCUGAUUGAACAGUAUCACAAAACCCUGCUGCAAGUUCCUACAUCACCUUUACAACCAAAAAGUGAAAAAUGUAGCUUUAAUGAGAUUUAUAUAAGGCCAAAAAUAACGAGGGAAAUAAAACGAGAAAAGGGUGAGACAAUGGAGGUGGAGGUUGUAACAAUGUCAGAAAUCUUCACAAAGGAGGGAGUCCCACAAAAAUCUGUAUAUGUAAUAGGAGAUGCAGGGUCAGGAAAAACUAGCUUUUGUAAAUAUCUGGUCAACUGUUGGUGUUUGGCACAUAGUAAAGAACAUGAAGCUGGCAAUGAAAAUGAUGAUGGCAAUGGUAAACCUGAAGGGAACAGUGAAAAACAUGGAGAUGACAGUAAAAAACAUGGAGCUUGCAAUGAAAAUGAAGAUGGCAAUGGUAAACCUGAAGGGAACAGUGAAAAACAUGGAGAUGACAAUGAAAAUCAAGGAGGUGUCAAUGAAAAUGAAAGUGGCACUGAGGAACAAGGAGGUGAUAAUGAAGGACAUGGAGCUGGACAUGUCGAUGAAAUUGAAGAUGGCAAAGAGAAACACAGAGGUGAUUUUGAAGAACAUGAAAAAAAGGGAAGUGACAUUAUAAAUAAAGAGGUAAAGGGGGCACAUAGUAGAGACAUUGAAAACGAAGAGUGCAGUAAGACACAUCAAGGUGUUAUUGAGAAACGAGGCAAUGAAAAACAUGUUGGUGACAUGAAGAAAAAUGGAAGUGACAGUGAUGACAUUCUAGAUAACAACGAUGACUUAGUACACUCCGAAUCUCACAAUGAUGACUCUGAUGAGAUCUUAACGGACUUUAAAUUUAACAUUUAUGACUCUGAAUAUGAUAGCAAAAGUUAUGAACUGAAAUUCAAUGGUGUAAAAGAGAUGAAGAAAUUUGAUUUUGUAUUUUACAUCCCUCUUAGACAGUAUAAUCAAAACAUUGGCAUUGAUGAAAUGCUUCUAAAACGUUAUCAAAUGAAAAUGUUAAACACACUUCUUGAAGAGGAAUCCUCUAGGGUUAUGAUUUUGCUUGAUGGCUUAGAUGAAUGGUCCUCUGAAAAUGUCCCAGAACAUAGUAUCUUUAAGGAGUACACAAUAGUAACUACUUCUCGGCCAUGGAAAUUUCAUACAUUAAGAUCAAGUGAUGUUGAGAUUGAACAGUCGCUGAAUCUGAAAGGGUUUGAUUUUAGAUGUGAAAGGGAAAUGGUAAAUAGGACAGUCUCACAAUUAAAUGUAAAUAGACAUGCUAAUAAACAAGCCAGAGAUUGUAGGGAAAAGCUAGAAGAAGAGUCUCUGAAAAGUUUAAAACAGGUACCAAUUAUGCUACAACAACUGAUAUGUCUAUGGUUUGAUGGUAAACUCGAUAAAACAUCAAGAUGUGCCAUCUACACUGGUAUGUUAGAGUUAUUCUUCACCUGGAAUGACAUGAAAACUACAGGAACAAGUACUCGACUCAUGAAGGGUGCCCAGAAAGUAGAUCUUCCUAAAUAUUUAGCCGAUAAAACCAAAUUAAGAUUAAACCGCCAUUUCAUUUAUGAAGUAUCACAGUUGGCUUAUGAGACACUAUUUAAUUGUCCGAAGGAUAAAUCCUUGACAUUUGACAUUUGUAUGUUUGAUGAACUAGAAAUAUCAGAUGAAGUAAGAGAAAAUUGCUUGAAACUUGGAAUAAUGACAGAAGAUGAAUGUCCAAGUUUAUCUGUAUCAGAACCAUCAAGCUCAUUGUUCUCUUUCAUUCACAAAUCAAUGCAAGAAUUUCUGGCUGCAGUGAAUAUUGGUAUAAAUUUCAAUGCAAAAAUGUGUUCAUCAGAUAGUACAGGAAAUGUUGAAUUAGUCAAAAAGUUUAUUUGUGAGGUUUUUCGGAAUUGUUCAACAGUAAAUGACAUAUUAGAGCAGUCAAAUGUCAUCAUUAUGCUAUCUGGUCUAGAACCUAGAUUAGCAACACAUGUUUCAAAAUACAUAUAUGAUACUGUGUCAGAAGACUCUCGUGUUCAGGAAUACAGGAGAACAACAAAUAGUAACAUUUAUGAGGAUCAUAGUUGUAUAACUGAUAUUCAAAAGCUUAUGUUUGAGUCAAUUGAAGAAUUCAAUGCAGCAUGUAGUAUAGGAAGUAAUCCUGUAUUUUAUAUAGGAGAUUUGGUCAUUGAUAGUCAGUAUUGUGAUAUUGUUUGUUCAGGUAUUGACCAGCAUCAAAUUGUUCCUGACACUGUUCUGUCUAUUAAGGUAGAUGACAUCAACACAAAAAAUGUUAAAUUUACAAAAUAUUUACCAAUGUUUCAUCAUCUUGAAAAAAUUGAAAUAAUUCUUAAUUCACAGGGUAAUACCAGUGAACAGAUGAUUGAUGAGAUAAACAAUUGUGUUUCUGAGACAAUUAAAGUAAAUACUUCAACAUUAAAAUCUCUGUGUCUUCAUGGUGACUAUCACACUGACAAGUAUUACACUGACGCGUAUUACCCAGUGUGUAAAACAGUUGUUAGUUACCUACCUAGUAUGAUCAAUCUUGUAGCAAUAGCAAUGUGGUCUAUACCAAUGAGUCAUGAUGAUACUACUACAUUUUGUAAUUUUCUUGAGGGAACCAGUCAUCUUGAACAAAUACAUCUUUUUCAAGUUAAAUGUGAGUGUGAGAACCAGCAUGAUGUAAAUUUAUCAAAACAUAAACAACUUCAGUACCUUGUUUUACAUGGUGCUGUUAGUGUGAAAGAUGCUGAUACUACAAACCUUGAAAUAUUUACAUUUUGUGAAUUGAAAAAUAGUAAUUAUGAAAAAAUAUUAGAUAUUUUUAGAAAAUCUUACAAAUUAAAAGAACUUGUAUUGUAUGUAGAUUAUUACAAUAAAUCUCAAUUAUAUCAUACCAACAUAACAAAGAGAGUAGUCACAGUAUUACCAUUGUUACACAAUCUCAGUAAGUUUGACUUAUGUCAGUGUAGGUUAACUGGCAAUAUAAUACAGUUACCUUUAGAGAUGAAGAGUUUAAAGUACAUUAGGUUUGAUAAAGUCACAAUGAGUUUGACAACAUGGCAGAAGUUUAUUGAUAGUCUUCCUCAUAUUCCUCAUACUGUAGGUGUGAGUGUAAUGAGAUGUAAUAUAACAGGAGAUGGUGAGGAGUUAAAUGAUGAUUGGUUUACAUUGACAUCACAAGGAUUUAGAGGAGGGAAGGGAAAUGAUGUUGUACAGUAUGUAAAAGAUCAGAAUCAGUUAUUCCAUGUUGAAUAUGAUGAUGAUGAUUGUUUUGCAUUUUCAACAAAAAAGUGAUAUAGGAUACAUGUAGUUAAUAUUGUGGUUAAAGUAAAUUAUUGCAUAUUCAAAGACAUAAAUUAUUAUUAUUAGAUAUUAAAUUAAAACAAUUAGAGGAUACAAUAUGUACAUGCCUUUAAAUUUUCAACAAAAAAGUGAUCCAGUAAGUCAUGUAGUUACACUGUGUUAACUUAAUUAUUGUCUGUUGAAACAGAUGAUAAAUGUGAUGUUUUUUAAAGUUUCUAUUUAGUUACAUUGUGUGUGAAAUUAAUGUUUUUUUUAUCUUUUCAACAAAAAAUGGUUCGAAAUUUUAACAUAGUGAGAAUGAAUGCAUGCACUUAACAUAGUGUUCAGACUAAACAAUUUCAUGUUUCACACAAUAAAUUUGUUUUGUUAGCUGAGCUUUUGUGAUCGCUUUUCGUCCGGCGUCCGUCCGGCGUCCGUCCGUACGUUCGUAAACUUUUACUUUAAAUGACAACUCCUCAUAAGCCACUAAGCCAAUUUCAUCCAAACUUAACAGGAAUGUUUCUUUGGUGGUCACCUAUCAAAUGGUUCAAAGAAUUUAAUUCCAUGCAGAACUCUGGUUGCCAUGGCAACCAAAUGAAAAAACUUUAAAUAUCUUCUUUUAAAAAACCCUAAGAGCUAAAGCUUUGAUAUUUGGCCUGAAAAAUCUUCUAGUGAAUUUCUACCAAGUUUGUUCAAAUAAAAGCCAUGGGGUCAAAUUGGCCUGACCCCAGGGGGUCAUUGAAUUUCCCUAUAUGCAUAUAGUAAAAACUUAAAAUAUCUUCUUUUAAAGAACCCAAAGAGCUAGAGCUUAGAUAUUUAGCAUGAAACAUCUUCUUAUAAGUGUCUACCAAGUUUGUUAAAAUAAAAGCCCUUGGGUCAAAAUUGGCCCCGCUCGAGGGGGUCAUUGAUUUUCCCUAUAUUCAUAUAGUAAAAACUUAAAACAAUCUUUAAAAAAAAAACUCAAAGAGCUACAGCUAAGAUAUUUAGCAUGAAACAUGUUCUAAUGAGUGUCUACCAAGUUUGUUCAAAUGAAAGCCCUGGGGUCAAAAUUGGCCCUGCCCCGGGGGUCAUUGAUUUUCCUUCUUUGUGUAUAGCAAAAACUUAAAAAAUCUUCUUUGAAAAAACCCAAAUAGCUAGAGUUAAGAUAUUAAGCAUGAAACAUCUUCUAGUUAGUGUCUACAAAGUUUGUUCAAAUAAAAGCCCUGGGUUCAAAACUGGUCCCGAUCCAGGGGUGUCAUUGUUUUUAACAAAUUAUGUAUAUAGUAAAAACUUUAAAAACAAUCUUCUUUUAAAAAAACCAAUGAGCUAAAGCUUAGAUGUUUAGCAUGAAACAUCUUCUUAUGGGUGUCUACCAAGUUUGUUCAAGUAAAAGCCUUUGGGUUAAAAUUGUUCCUGAUGGGGGGGGGGUAUCAUUGUUUUUCAUUAUAUGUAUGUAGUUAAAACUUAACAUCAUGAAACAUCUUCUAAUGGGUGUCUUCAAAGUUUGUUUAAAUAAAAGCCCUGGGGUUUAAAGUGACCCAGCUCCUGGGGCCUAUAUACAGGUGAGCGACCUCAUGGCCAUCAUUGAUCUCUUGUUUUUAUAUUUUGAUAAAAAAGUGAUCUUAAUAUUGUAGUCAACAAUCAUCAUAAACAGUCCAUUAAAUACUAAUACUAGUCAAUGUAACAAAAUUUAUUUAUAAUAUUGAAAUUGAAGAAAAUAAUAUUCAAAUUGUGUUUAUAAAGAAAUAAAUAAAAGAAAUGCAGUGCAAUAUAAUACAUAUAUUGAUCUUAAUAAAGGUAAUUUUUUUUUAAGAUCAAUGAUAGUUUAUGAGGAAAAAACUGAUUUGAAAAAAGUAAUAUUUUUAUUAUAAAUCAAAAAGAUAUGUAAAUAAACAAGUAAAUAAGUUAAUGAGUAAGUAAAUUUAAUGGAAAUAUCAUACCACAGAUGUACAAGGUUAGAAGAAGUAAAAUAUUAAUAUAACAUUCAAAUACCAGUUAUAUGAUAUAAUAUAUGAUAGGAUAAGGGAAUGGU